CAGAUAAACACUAUCUACACUCCGCGGCAUGCCCAUUGAACCUUAUCAGCCUCCCCCACUUCGCAUGGCAUAGUAGAUCUCAUACUUAUUCAAAAUACUCAUUCAUUGACACAUCCUUCCUCCACCUCCAAGGGGCGCAUGGAGCCUCUAAUGGCGAUGCAAAUGAGAUGAAAUUAAUCGGAAAGUUAGGAACAAUCAAAUCGGCUACGGAAUAGGCUAGGUACUUGCUCAAUACGAAGUUAACGACGGCUCUAUUAGGUUUAAUUAUUUAUUGGUGUUGUGCGCCUCUCGAAUCGAUUAUUUUUGUAGCUUUUAACUUAUUUGAAUUGAAUAUUGAAUCUGAAUAUUGUUGCUCGCCUCCGGCUCCGGCUCCGGCUCCACUCGAUUCGAUUCGAACAGUUCGAAUACGCUCGACCGUUGACGAUUAAGCUUUAAAUGUGCUUAGCCAAAUUAAGUGAAAUUUGAAUUUUCAAUUCAACAAUACAUACUUGAAGCUCCCGAUUGAAGUAUACCCGAUUCGCUCAAAGGCCCCGCUCUCUUUCCCACCACGGACUCCCGAUUCCUCCUCUUCUGGGAGACAAUAUGUCACCAGGCAUCGAUCAAACUUCAGGACAUCUCUGCGGCCUGGCAACGGGCGCCAUUGAAACCCAAAUGUCAGGCAAUAACCGCAAGGGAGCGGCAGAGGCGGCCGCAGGAGGAGCAGCGGCUAACUAAUGCCUGGCAGAGUGCACAUCCAAGUUCAUUAGACUUUGAUGGGUGCGGGAGGACGACUCAACACGAAAUGGAAAGUUUCGGCAAACCCACAUCCUACUCGUAAAUCGCAGCGCAAAAGUUUCCAAGUCUAAAAAUACCCCGGCACUUGAAGGCAAUCGAUGUGCCACGCCAGGAGCAGCUGGCAGAGAUGAGCGAACGCGAGGCAGAAUCGGACGAGGACUGCGAGGUCUACUUCCUGAAGCCGGUCAACGAGUACAACAUUGUGGACAGGAUCAAGGAGGCCAACAAGGAGCUCUUUGCCCCGGACGACGGACUCGCCGAUGGCAACGGCAAGGUGACCAAAGUAAAGUUCGCUUUGAACUUGGAGGACUACGAGCCCACUGACCAGCAGAAGGACUUGAGCCCCAGUCCGCCAGAUGAACUUCUGCAGCAGCUGUCCCAAUUGAAGCUGAAGCCCAUUGCGGAGGAGCCGCCAGCUGCUUCGGUUGCAGAGGAGGCCCCAGUGCCCCCACUUGAAGUUCCCGAAGUGGAAGAGGUGGAGGAGGAGGAGAUAUGCGAGGAAAUCCUGGACCUAACAGAGGUGGUCCAAGAGUCGGUAGUACAGGAAGCUAUCCCAGUCGACGACGAAGACGACUUCUCCGGGGUGGAUGAGGCUGACUUGGAUGACUCCCCCUCGAAGAAGGAUUUUGCCCCUCCCGCAGCCUUUCAGAUCAAGCAGAGCACCUUCGACCAGGAUGAAUCGGACCAGAAGAGCCUGACCAACCUGCUCACCGAAUCCGACUGCGAGGAGGAAGAGCGCACCCUCAACGAGGCCCGGCAGAAACUGAGGGAUGCCUACAAGAAUCUGUACAAGACCCUCGAUCCCAAGCAGCAGGCUACCAUCGACAGGCUAACGGGACUGGAGGAGGAGGCCCCUUCGUCUGCUCCUAAUCCUAUUGCUGCCCCCGAAGACGAAGAAGAUAACCUGUCCAUCAUCGUGGCCAGCUACAUUCCGGAGGACUUUGAGCUCAAUGAGCAGAGCAUUUACUUUAAAAAAGAGGAGCCGCUGUCGGAGGACGGUCUGAAAGAGGUCUGCACAGCCACCUGUCCCAAAGCCACCUCCAAAACAUUCUUCACUUCGCGCAGCUUCAGCUUCCGCCGCAGGACCAAGCCCACGCCCACGCCGUCGUCAGCUUCCGCCUCGGGGUCUGCCGCUUCACCCACCAUUCGGAUGAACUACAAGAUCUGCUGCGAGCAUCGCCAUUCGCUCCAGGGUAAGCUCCCGCGCUACACGGGCUACAUGUCGGAGUACGGCCUGAGUGCCCAGCAGCUGCAGAAGCGGGAGCAGCAGAUUCGUCGGAAGCAGCGCUUCUCCAUGGAGCAGACCCUCAACCGCAACGAGCAGGAGCUCAAGAAGAUGCAGGACAACGAGCGCGCCUUCACCACCUGGCUGAAGAACAAGAUGCGGUACCCGAUUAACAAGACCCGCAAUAUGUUCGACGCCCACAAGAGGCGGGGCAGCGUUGCCGCAGCCGGAAAUUCGGCGAGUUCCCGACAGCACCACGGGCAUCUCCUCGAGGAGCAGCCCUGCGGGGGACGCAGGAGACGUCGCGACAGCGGAGACGAGGUGGUGCACGCCUACCGACACCUUCUGGGCAGCUGGAAUAAGUAGCCGCAACACAGUUUCUUACUUUAGUUU